AGAGACGUCACAGAUAGAGAGAGAAAGUGGAAUUGUAUAUCAGUUUUUGGUGUGUGGAGGACUCGUGUAUGCGUGUGUCGGGGGUACAGCGUAGAGGCUUCCCUAAGGGCCGUCAGUCAGUCAGUGUGUUCAGAGCAAGGUGUAUCUACUCAGAAAUGGACGGUCGCAAUGGGCUAGGGAACGGCACAGGUCCCUUGGACAACAUGAGGGGGUUCGAACACUGUCUCAACGACAUCAUCAGAGCUGAUCCGCAAGACCACAUAAAGGGUUUCAUGAACUGCGGUAACAACACACUACAGGCUCUGGCACAGUUGCACGGCCGUGGAUACAAUCGUAGGAGAGGUAAAGGUGGUUUCAUAGGAAUGGAUGAAGGCGGGGUACUUCUGGACGAAGGCCAUUUAGUGGAUGGUCUGGGUGCUACUAUUCCUCUGCCGUCGCCUUCGAGAUCGUCUCCGCGCUCGCAGGGAUCGGAAAAUGGCGAACGUUUUUCUCGGAAAGUCUUCGUCGGAGGAUUGCCACCCGAUAUUGAUGAAGAGGAGAUCACCGCAAGUUUCCGUCGAUUUGGUCCCUUGGUUGUGGACUGGCCACAUAAAGCAGAAAGUAAAUCAUAUUUUCCUCCCAAAGGUUAUGCCUUCCUCCUCUUCCAGGAUGAAAGUAGCGUUCAGCAGUUGAUAGAUGCCUGUAUUCAAGAUGAUGACAAACUGUACCUGUGUGUGUCGUCUCCUACCAUUAAGGAUAAACCUGUUCAGAUCCGGCCGUGGCGACUAUCAGAUGCAGACUUUGUCCUUGAUGCCUCGCUUCCAUUGGAUCCUCGCAAAACAGUAUUUGUUGGAGGAGUACCAAGGCCUCUAAAAGCUGUUGAACUGGCAAUGAUCAUGGAUCGUUUAUAUGGUGGAGUAUGUUAUGCUGGAAUUGAUACAGAUCCGGAAUUGAAGUACCCAAAAGGUGCAGGCCGUGUUGCGUUUUCAAAUCAGCAGAGUUAUAUUGCUGCCAUCAGUGCCAGAUUUGUACAGUUACAGCAUGGUGAUAUUGAUAAAAGGGUGGAAGUAAAACCGUAUGUUCUAGAUGACCAGAUGUGUGAUGAGUGCCAGGGGGCACGCUGUGGGGGGAAGUUUGCCCCCUUCUUCUGUGCCAAUGUUACCUGCUUGCAAUACUACUGCGAACACUGUUGGCAGACCAUCCACUCCCGCCCAGGACGUGAAUUCCACAAGCCGCUAGUCAAAGAGGGUGCCGAUCGCCCCCGCACUGUACCAUUCAGAUCUCCCUGGCGGUGGCACCGGGAACCUGGAUGGUGCCUCACAAACAAGUAAUGAGAAGAUAUUUACCAUAAUUCUAAGGACACCCCUUUGCCUGCCAACAGCUGUGGGUCAAAAUGAACUCAAGAAACUUCAAGCAGUCAUCAAGCAAAGUCAGUACUACCCCUCUAACCCCCCUGGAUGCCUCAUAUUUGAAUAUUUAAAUUUCAACACUGCAAGCAAAAGCCACAGUAUUACAGUAUCAAAACCCCCAGUAAGACUUAACCAUUGUGGCGUGUCAUAGGAGCUUCAGAUGUUUAUGUGUGGGUGAACCAAGGUGUGCCGUAGAGAAAUGAUCAGCCCCGUGCUUAUUCCCAAAGGCUUAGCUCUUUCUUCCACAUGACAGCCAUUGGAUAGCAUUGCUCACUUGUGAUAGAAUAUUUGUACACCUCUUUUUCUAGCUGGGCAAGAUUUUCUACUUUACAGUUUUUCAUAAUCUAAAUAGGAAAAGCUCAUGGGCUGAUGAUUCUAAUGUAGUUUACCCAGAGUAGCAGUCAGUUUUUCUGUUUAACAGAAAUAUUUGUAGUGUCUUUCACAAGCUUACCCACAAAAUGGCUUCAAUGCAAAUCAGUGAAAUACAUGAGAAGGCCAAACUAUUUGAAAAUAAAUUUAUAAUCAGUAUGAGUCCACUUCUUCUUACUGUUGUGUACUAACAGAUUUUUACAAAAUUUCACAUGCGACAUAACCCCAAAGAUUACUAUGGUGCAUAUGUAAGCAUUAUUGUAUUGUAAUAGGAUGGUGUUUUAUAAUUUUUAAUAUCAGUAUAGUUUAUGGCUUCUGCUUCAGUGCUAUUUGAAUAUGUAUAUUAACUCAUAGAUCUCACAGAGAGCAGAGUCGUCCAAGUUUUGAGUUUUUAAAAGAUAAUGGUUAUUUAGUAAUUGAAGAUCAUCUUUGAUACUAGGUUCAUAUUUAAAAUGUGAACUCAAUCAUUAUCUCUUAUGGGCUUGGAAUAUGUUGGGCAAAUGUUACUCUCAAGGUACAUGUUUAAGGUUUAUUUGGGAAAAGUCUCUGUUUCAGUCAGUUCAUUCAACAGUCAGUGAUGGAAUAGGUCACAGGUAGGACCUGUCCAUUAAAGGCCUGAAACACUGAUAUAUGAACUGAUAAGUGUUUGGCGAGUAUUUUUUCAAAUAUGUCCUUAUUCUGCACAAGUAUGUACUAUGUAACGUUCUGAGGUAGGCAUUGCAAAGUGUCUAGCAAAAUUGAAUUCUUGAUUGUGUAUAGUGUGUAUGAAAGAUGCUCUAUUUUGCUGUGAUGGCAAUUGUCACCAAAUAACAUGAGUUCAGUGUUGCUAUUCACAUUGUUUAAUAUUGAGAAUGCAGGAGACUUUUUGUAUGGAGGAGGAUACACGUGUCGGAAAAGAUGAAUAUCACGUCUUAAUAAUUCAGGAUUAUGAGGGCAUACUGCUUUUCACACAAAGUAAGGGUAGACCAAUCAUUUAAAAUUGAAGAUUUCAAUCUGCAUCCAGUGUACAUUUUGAAGGUGUGUAUGCUUAAUUUAACAUCCAAGCUUGAAGAUGUGAGCAGUAAUGAAAUGAUAUAGGGUUUGGGACAGUCUCCUGCUGUCUAGGCCGUAGUCAGUGGCAGGUUAAACGUAAUAAUGGCAAGUCUAGGAGUUCCCCCUAGGCUUUAGGAAUCCAUAGGUACUGUACAUUUGGGGCUGUCAAGGGCAGGGCAGUUGAUAAAGUCUUGAUUUUUUAAUAAUAAACCUUUGUAAGCCAUGUCCAAUAUUUCUCUUUUCCCUGCAAAUUAUUCUUUGCAUUCUGGCUUGUGAUGUAUUAACUGCUAUGACCUGGAUGCCCCAACAACCCAUACCACUGUGUCAUGCUACGGCUGUUGGUUACUCUACACUCAUUUUUUGUGCGAACAUAACAUCUAGUACCUCACAAUCCCCCACCCUCCUUUGUCAGGCUGUGCUUAAAAACAAACUAUAGGUUUUCAAUUGUUUUGAGUGUUCAUUAUGAAAAGGAUUAUAAAUUUUUUAAUUACAUUAAGCCAUAAUUGGUCCUGUAUGAUAUAGUAUUUAAUUGAAUUAAUCCUAUAGCCAUGAAAAGACAUACAUAGUGGAAAAUUACCAAGAAUUAAUUUUUGAAUAUUUAACAAGUCCAAAUAGUUCUCAAGAUUUGUAAACAUUUACUGAUUUUUAUACUUAAAAUGCUCUUGCCUGUUAGAGUAGCCAUCAGCAUUGUGCGUGUGUGAUAUGCAGAUUUUUGCACUAGGAUAAUUUUGAUCCAUAUAGAAUUUGUAUUUUUGCGUGUUUGAAUUUUGAUACUGUCCUUGUUAGUAAGUUUUAUCAUCUAGCAUAUGCGGGUGUUUUUGUGAGAAGUUAACAGUUCUAGUUUUUUUGUCUUUUGCUGUUACUAGUACUGUGUAAGAAAAGGCCUGCAAUUUUUGUAGGUAUUAAAAAAACUUUGUAGCUAAAUAGAUGAGACAGUAAUGCCGGAAUUACAGUUUCACAUAUAGCUCGCUUGCGAAGUUUAACACAGGAGGAAGAUAAUUAGAUUGAAAUGAAGACUGCAGAAGAAUCCAUAAAUGUGAAGUGGUUGAAACUUUGCCAGUUAUCAAAUUGAUGAGCCAGUGACUUAGUUUUUGAAUCCGUGGAGCAAUUGGCCACAUCUCACAUAAAGGGGAUCAUGAAAUAGAUUAAAUUACUCAUGUUAUAUAUAGGUAUAUAUUUAUUUAUAUAUGUAUAUAUGGCAUCCUAUUUCGUCGAGUUAACUGGCUUGUCACAAUUACUUGAUCUCCUUUUUUUAAUGAAAAACCAAAGAAAAUAGCACACAACAUUGGCUUAACAAUGUGGAGACAACAUAUCCUGACCCAGAUUUAUCAAGGUGAGAUUCUAUGGGCAUUCAGUCACCUCCCCUUGAGGACCUUGUCUGCAUUAUGGCGGAAUUUGAUAUUUUGCGUUAGCCUCGUUUCUGAGAGGCUGGUAACACUGUACAUAGACUCAUCCCCAUUUCAUAUCCAUUGAAUACAUAAUUGCAUUGUGUCGCUAGUGAGUGUAGAUUUCCAUGUAUUUUUAUUAUAUUUUCAUUUCAAAGAAAACAUAGGCAGUUAUAUUUUUAUGUUGUCGUUUUCUUGUGUAUCCUUUCUUAAUGGAAAUGCAUGAUUUUUAUAUUAAUGAAAUGUUAUGUCUUUUGCUGGCUUUUAAUUGAUGGAUGUACAGUAUAUAGCUGAGGUGAACUUUUUGAUAUUUGUACAUACUAUUUUUUUACUGAACCGUCUGUGGAAGAGACUCUACCUGCUCAAUGUGAGAAUUUGGGAUCGGGGUGGAACAUGGGGAGGUGGUUCAGAAGCAGGUGAAUGCCCUUGGAAAUCUUGUUAAAGAGCAAUAGUGGGGUCGGAUGGCAUGUCCAUUUCUAUUUUAAAAAAACGUGAAGAAAACAAACAAAAAAAAAUUUUACACACUUUUCUAGAGGUUUGACUUGGGACUUUCUAAAAAACUUUAUAUACUAUUGCUUUCUCACUAUGAAUAGUAAUUAUAUGAAUGCAUUCAUAAGCUUUUUCAUGAAGGUGGAACACUACUCUCAUAAUUAGAUAGGAAGAAUAUUACACAUGUACUUUAUUUUUUCCUGGCUGAAAUAGUCAAAACUGGGUUAGGUUUAGACAAUCAGAACUGCUAGGAUUUCUUAGCCUCCCUUAGUUUCUCCCUGGAAGAGAUGGCUGUUGGUGACCAUGAGUUCGAAGAAAUCAGCGGUAAGGAAGAAGACUCUACACCCGAGCAAAGACGUUGCAUAGGCAGCAGAUAGGCUUUGUUUAUGCUGGCCUGUCCAAUAUCUCUAUGUAAUAAUAAAUCCAGUGGCAUGAAGUGAUCCCAAGGAUUCAUUCAAGGCUUAGUGUGAUCCAUAAUAUUUGUAAAUGAAAUGUUUAUAUAUAUUUGUAGUCUUCAUGGAGGUGUCUAGUCAGCAUUAUUGGUGUAAUUGUGAAAUAGCUGUUGUCCAACGUCAAGAGGGCUUUGAGUUUGUCGCACGAUCUCAGUAACUAACAUUCUGCAUUGUAUCUCAAAGCCCUCUUCAUACCUUACUGCAGUUUAGAGUUCAUAUUUCAUGAUAUGCUAAACGAAAAAAAAUCACUGGUGAAUACCUGCAGCAUUGUCCCACAGCUUGUUUGCUCUCUGUUGCAGUUCCAGAUGUUUUUUCCUUUUUUUAUUUUUUUCAAAAAUUGAACACUUAUACUACCUUAGAGGAUGUGCUUCAUUGGUUUAAAUUUUGCUGUAUAGUAUAUAGUAUUUUGGAAGAACUUCUGUACAUGGUAGCAGAUGUUUAGAAGUACUGCUAACAUGUGUCAUAUAUUCAUGAUUUAGUAAGUGGUUUUAGAAACUCAAAAGCUUUUGCAGUCUUGGAUAAGUACUUUCAUAAUUAUAAAUUUUGAAAGUUGAAUUAUUUUAUGAAUCUUAAUUUGAUUAAGAGUUGAAAGAUUUUAGAUUAAUGCUUGUAAAGCAUCCAGAAUGGGACCAUGAGGUAAGGGGGUUCUCGUCUAUCAGGUUUUCAGUAAUUAAAAUUCAGCCAUCUCUUCCCAAGGAUUGUUUUUCUUAUCAUCUUACCCUUUAUUAGUAUAUAAAUAUAAUUUUUAUUACCUAAAAUUAAUGGACUUAUUUAUUAAGUUCCUUUCACCUGAACCACUGUGAUUAGUACAUGUCACAGUAACCUCUCUUCUGAACUGUAGACUGACAGGCAGUGGAAGCGUUACUGUUCACUGACCUCUCUAUAAUCGCUCUUAACCAUCAUGUUAUUAGGCAGGCACUGGAAGAUUGCCCACCCUCCCCUCCCCUUGUUAUUCUUCCUUUGUAUCCUGUCAUUUCUCCUUAGAUACCUUCCUCUUUGUUUGUUCCUUCAAAAAGACCCUUAUUUUUCUUGCUUGUUGCUAGAGGCUGCAAUAACGUGCAAUUGGCCAUUUAGCUUGGUGCUGAAUUUCAAGUCAUAUGGUGUUAGUAUUUAUAUAUAACAUGAAUGUUUUGAACCUGAGGAAGAGCACCUAUGUGGAACGGUUUCAUUAUUUGAAAGAUGAAAAUUUAACUCUCCCUCUGUGCUCCCUGAGGUUCAAGAUAGUUUUCUUGUCACAUAAACUUCCUCAGAGCAUGUUGAUUACAUCAGCUUUAACAUAUAUCAUAGAUUAACAUCUAUGUAGUUUAGGUCUAUUUUACAACAUUAACAUGCAUAAUUUUGUCAAUGAUGAAUUCUCAUUCUCCAUAUUUAUAUUGAUUCCUCUUUUCAGAAUUUAACUGCUGUUCUUUUCAGCAUAAGGGAUAGAUACAAACUUAGGAAGAGAAUUCUGUUUAAGGUUCUUAAUAUGUAAUGGUAUAUAUAAAUUCAAGAUUAAACCUCAAAAUUCAUUGCAACUGUAACUGUCCAGGAUUCUUAUUUUUUUAUAUUACGAUACCAUACUGACAUCAUGACUUUUCAUCUUUUUUUCUGAUUUAUCCCAGUGUAGCCCAGGCUUGAAAAAGUGGCAGGUAUGCUUGCUUAGCCUGGAGUGAAGGCCUUGAAGUUGUUUAGUGACAUCAACUUGAAGUGUCAGUUUGGGCGUACUUAGAGUUUUGUAUCCAUAGUCUCUCCACAGUGAUAUUUCAAGUUCAAAACUAAUUUUCUGCAAUGCCUGGACUGUGUGAGCAUGGUAGUGCCUGCCUAUAACUGUUUGGGUGAGAAAUAACUGUAUGUCCAUCAAUGAGUUGAUAUUUUGCUCAGCUUGUUAAGUAAUUCAGAUCGAGUACCUGCUUUUUUAUUAUUGUAUGAAAGGUUAAUGUGUAUAGUUUAAUAAUAGGAAUCUUAACCGAGCAAGAUAUUUAAAGUUUGGUACGACAGUUGAAUGUUACAUUGCUGAGGACUUUGUCAACAUAUUUUUGUGAAACAUGCAGAUUUAAUGUAACAAAGUGUGAUAUGCGAUCACUCACCUAUACCCAUGUCUAGGUCCUGUUUCCAUGUAUGUGAUUGUUAAAGUAGUCAUGUUUUAUACUUGUUUUUGCUUUUAUAGAUAUUUUUUUAAUUUUUCUAAUUUAUACUUAGUGUUAUCUUGUAACCAAAGUUGUUGUAUAUGUUUUGCAACUUUUGUAAUAGUACUGAUGAUAUCAUAACUACGAUGAUUAUUGAAGGGUUGAAAGCUUAAAGAUUCACUAGUCUCAUAGGGUAUGGGAAAUUUAGCAUCAUUUGCAUUUUCAGUCGCUACGUCUACCUGCAAUGCUUGCUUGUGAGCAGACCCAAAUAGACCCUGGAAUUUUGUUAGGUCCGAGAGGAUGAUGGUGUAGGAAGACUUAUUAAGAGAUGUUCCUUACCUGUUGAUCCAUCCUGCAUCAAACUUACUUUUUUAUUAUUAAUACUCUGCAGAUAUUGUACUUGAAGAUUGCCAGGGCCAGCAGCUGUGCUGUCAUGGUUUUACGAUUUAACAUCAUUUUUCUGCUUUUUACAGUAUAGUAGAGAUUUUUGCUAAUCUCCUUUUUGUAAUAGUGUGUUUCCAAUGUACAGAAGCUAUCAUCUUGGCGCCUAUUGCCUCGUUGUGGAGGUGAGAGAGCGUCCUGCAUGUGGCCACAAACAGGGAAUUGUGGGAGUCACCUGAUAGAUGCAAAGUGCCCAAAACCUUUAAAUUGUGUGAUAGACAACACACCCUUCAGUGAAUUUCACCAUGUGUUGGAUGGUGGAUCAUCAUCUCUUAUUGGCCAUUUUUUAUAUCUUAGCUCUUAUUUGAUCAUAACACAUUAGUGGUAAUAUUGACAAUUUAUAUUGUCUGCACAGAAAUUAAAAUUGUUAUAACUUUUUAUAGAAUUUCAUCAAAUUUGAUGUCACCUCUUAAGCAACAAGUUGUUAUUAUGCUCAGGUACAAGAAUGGUGUAAAGAUUUGCAACAUUUGCAAAUUGUAAACAGAAAUUUAUAAUAUUGAUAUGCUGUAUACAUCCUGGACAAAGACUUAUGUAAUAUCAAAAUUGGAUGUUUUAUGUUCCCAUGCAUGUAUAAAGGAGGAGGCAAUGUUUGUUGUUUAAUAAUAGAAAUAUUGUAAAAUUAUUUUUGUUUGGGAUUAUUAUUUUUGUGCAUUGAACACUAGAAUCCUAGUUGAAGGACGUGCAUCUUUAUUGGCAGCUCACAGGAGGGAAAUCCAAUUUAGUCAAUGAACCUGUCAAAUUAUAGUACAGUAUAAAUAUUGUACAGUUUGUACAUGUGAUGAGUCACGACUGGUACGUAAAUGAUGCGUAAUAUAAUUGAUUUGUAUAUAAUAAAAGAAAUAUGUAUAAAAAUAAUAUAUAUUUUUUCCAGCUCCUGUGGCUGUCAGUAGGGACUCACUCCCGGCUCAUGUCAGUGGUAGGCGGAAGCUGGCGAGAGACAUGGUGGAGCAUCCCCAAUAGUGAACGAUGAUUGCUACUAUUAUCAUUAAUACAAUAUUACUACUAUUACAGCUGCUAGUGCUGCUAGUGUGCCCAAUCCUGAAACCCCUGCCAGCCUGCCAGCUGAGAGGGUUGAACUAAAGUGUUUCAAAAAUUAUCACAACUGCACCUCGGAUCGUGUAUUGAUAUGAACAGUGUUAUACAAGUGGGUUUACAUCUUAUCAUUGGUAUUCAUCCGUUGUACUUGUGCCUAUAAUACAGAAUAUAAGCUCCUAUAAUGGGAUGUAGACCCUUCUCCAAGCCUGGCAGGUCAAGAGGAAGCAAGAGGGCACAGUCUUAUUAGCAUUACAGGCUAUGCCCAGAAAUGCUUCUUGCCAGGGUUGCUUAUAUGAAUGUAUCUCUUGAUUGGCAGGCGACACAUUUGCAGCAUUAAGCAUGAUUCAGAUGACUACGAUGAUAGUUCUCUUUCAUCGUCAUGAUAAUAGCCAGUUUUAUAGCAAUUUUUGCUACUUUUGACUCAUUUUUGUUAUUUCUCCACCAUGGACAUCUAACUUUUUGUAACUAUGGAUUUUUAUGAGUGUUUGGUGAAGCAUUUUCUAAUUUUUGUAAGUAUGGAGUAACUGGCAGAAUUGGUGGGGUUUCCCGUCUCCGUGAAAGGUAUAACUGGUGGGUAACUGCAGUCUAAUUUGAUGUGAAAACCCACAGUCUUCUCAUGGACCACAGUCAUGACCCCACUAUGCCAACUAGACUUAGUUUUAAUUUUUGUUGCCCUUAUACAUUUUUAUGUUUUGUAAAAUAACAUGAAAAAUAUUUAAAUAUGUUUUUUAAUGUUGUGUGGAAAUUUUGUGAAUGGGUAGUCACCAAGAUUUUUCUACAUUUUCUUACUUUGAUACAAGCGCGGUCCACUGUGUACGUGAAGCCGCUCAUGCCUUGUGUUUGGACUCCUUUUGUACACCGAGGUGAGGUACAUAGCGCUGUACGGCAGUGUGACCUGUUCCAUGUUCAUUUAAUCUGUAGCUUACCAAUAAACCUGUUUACUUAC